GGCGCAGACUCACUGCCAUUUCUUCCCAUCCCCACACCCCACCUCUCUCUCUCUCUCUCUCUCUCUCUCUCUCUCUCUCGCCCGUAGGAAAAGGGUUUUUCCCGUCGUCGUUCCGGCAGAGAGGAGGAGGGGGAGGGCACGAGGAGAGAAACGGAUCCGAGGUGUGAUGGAGCGACGAUCCAUAGCUAUUCCGCUCGUCCUCAUCAUCUCCUUUCUCUCCCUCCUCGAUCCCUCCGUUUCUUCGCCGCAGAUCCGAGUCCUUAGCGCCGAGAGAAGGAUUGAUCUGACCUCUCAUCUUGUGAGGGUAUUCCUAACAUUAAAGUUGGAAAAUACUGGGACAUCAGAAGCUUCAGAUGUUCUUCUGGCUUUCCCGCCUACUGAGGCUGAACAUCUGGCAAUUCUUAAAGCAUCAACAGCUGAAGGCAGACGGAAGAAGAAAACAUAUGUACCUCUUACUGUCAAUCCAGCCGAAGUACAUGAUACACCAAAUGAUGCUCGCUUAUUCUCUAUUUCUCUGCGCAGUCCUUUAAAGGUUGGCGAGACAACAGUUCUAGAAGUAUUCUAUAUAGUAACACAUAGUCUAGAGCCCUUCCCAGCAGAGAUCAGCCAGUCAGAGGCUCAGCUUGUUUACUACCGUGACAGCGCAAUAUUGCUGUCGCCUUAUCAUGUCGUUGGGCAGGUCACAUACAUCAAGACGCCAAGCAACAAAGUGGAGUCCUUUACACGAGUGGACCCUACUAGCCGGUCUGAUACAGAGCUGAAAUAUGGUGUCUAUAAUGAUCGCCCGCCGUAUUCCUAUUCGCCAAUAAUUGUACAUUUAGAGAACAACCAUCCAUUUCCUGUUGUCGAAGAGCUUGUGCGUACUAUGGAGAUCUCUCACUGGGGUAACCUUCAGAUAACGGAGCAUUACAGGCUGAAGCAUGCUGGUGCACGGCACAAAGGUGUCUUUUCAAGGGUUGAAUAUCAGUCUAGACCGAUGGUCAGCGGGGUGUCCUCACUUAGGUAUCUUCUUGCAAGACUACCCCCCCUUGUUCGCUCAGUUUACUAUCGCGACGAGAUUGGUAACAUGUCCUCAUCGCAUUUGCGUACUAAUUCUCAGAAGUCAGAACUAGAAAUAGAACCUAGAUAUCCAUUACUUGGAGGUUGGAAAGCCACUUUUGUCAUUGGAUAUGGACUACCAUUGCAUGAUUUCCUGUUCGAAUCAGAUGAUGGCCGACGUUACCUGAAUGUCAGUUUCGGAUGCCCUCUCCUUGAAACGGUGGUUGACGAGCUAACUGUUAAGGUGGUGCUUCCUGAGGGGUCCAAAAACCCAUUAGCUGUAGUUCCUUUCCCUGUGGAGCAAAAUCUUGAGACAAGUCAUUCAUAUCUUGACAUUGUCGGGAGAACAACGGUGGUGCUUAAAAAGAAAAAUGUCGUACCAGAUCACAAUAUCCCCUUUCAGGUCUACUAUGAUUUCAAUCCGAUUUUCAUGCUUGCGGAGCCUUUGAUGUUGGUAUCUGCAGUUUUCCUGUUUUUCAUUGCUUGUAUUUCGUAUCUCCACAUUGAUCUAUCUAUCAGAAAAUCGUAGAACCUUUAUUUGAUCAUAGCUUGAGCUUAGGCCACUUAAAAUUAUACUAGCUCAUUAAAUCCUUGAUAUGUGCUUUCAAAGAUUAUUUUGAAUUGCAGUUUGGCACAAAACUCCAGUUAGGCUUGACUUGUGCGUUAGAAAUAGGUCGUGCAUCUUUUUGGUAAAAUAUUUUUGAGGUCAAGAGUCUAGUCUGAGCUCUUUUUUGACACAAUUUUAUGUAAUUUUAUUCGAGGAGUUUGGUAUAUGUAGUUUUAUCCGCCUGUUUUAUUUUCCUUGUACAAUCACACUAUAGCUGGUAGUGAGAAAUUCAUAUGCUGGUCAUGGUAGGGCAGUGAUUGGAAAAUUACUUUGAUAAUGCACACUCAAAUAUUCCAUGUAUGAUUACAUGCCUACAGUCCUCGUGAACAAUAGUUGCUUAAAACAUUUUACAAUUUGUGUGGAGUUGUU